GAAGGAAGGAUUUGCGGACGCAAUGGUUGCCGUACGUGCUAAGGUUGGCUCCCGCAGCUUCAUUCGCCAAAAGACGCUGCCGAAGGGGAAGAAGGUCUUCAAGAUUGACUGCAGCGUGCCGGUGACGGAUGGCAUCUUCAGCGAGGAUAUCCUGCGCAGUUUUGAGCAGUUCUUCCACGACAACACCAAGCUGAACGGCCGUAAGGGCAAGCUCGGUGAGAAGGUCCGCAUCGCCGUGCGCGAUAACACGCUCAGCGUGGUCACCACCAUGGCAUACCGCAAGAAGUACUUCAAGUACCUCACCAAGAAGUUCCUCAAGAAGAAGGAGCUUCGCGACUGGCUCCGCAUCCUCGCUAAUGGGAAGGAUAGCUACCAGCUGAAGUACUUCAACAUCCGCGACCAGGAGGAAUAAAAGCGAAGAAAGGCUGUAUACCCAUUGUAAAGUACUGUCAGCGGCGGUUUCUAGAGCCUCUUCGCAUGCCUUUGCAUAUCCUUUCGUCUUGACGGAAGAGACGCUUUCAAUGCGCAGCUUCCUUGUUUUAUUUUGUUCUUAAAAAAAAAAUCCGAAUAGCCUCCUUGGAUGGCGAUUGAGAUUCAA